CUGCUGGUAGCGCUGCUCUCAGAGCACGUUCAAUGAGAGUGGGGGAGGGAGCCCCGCAGCUGCACGCCGGAUAACGGGAGCAGUGGACUCUCCAUCCCGCGUCCUGGGAAUGAUUGAAUACGUAUCUGGCUGGACCCUUGGACAUGUUCUGAGUGAUGUGAAAGAUUUGUGAUGUCACCCCGGUGGGCUGAGCCUGGGAGCUCCCUUGGAACCUUAAAGCAUCAUGUUUCACUAUGAAUGUUAGACCAGAGGAUUUCUGAAGCACAGGACGGAUGAGGAGUGAGCUGCUUCAUUGAUUACAAAACCACUGGAAUAAAAGUCUGAAGAACACGGAUUUCUCAUCUUUUUUUUGCCCAAUUUUUCUUCUGGGCUUUAAACUCUGGUUUAGCACUGGUUGUGGGCAUUCGGUGGUCUGCACCAUGUGUCAUGUCAUAGUAACAUGCCGUUCCAUGCUGUGGACCGUCCUGAGUAUCGUCGUGGCUUUUGGAGAACUUAUAGCUUUUAUGAGUGAAGACUGGCUGAUUGGCAAAGCGAAAAGCACGGAUAUCGAUAACAGGACUGGCGGUCACCAUGAGCAUUAUCGUCCAACGCUGGGCAUCUAUGGACGUUGUAUCAGAGUGCCUAAAGUGCAGUACUUCAGGAGAGACGCCCUUUGUGGUCCUUACGCAGAGCAUUUUAGCGAGAUAGCAAGUGGUUUCUGGCAGGCUACGGCUAUAUUCCUUGCCGUGGGGAUAUCCAUCCUCUGUAUCGUAGCCUUUGUCUCGGUCUUUACAAUGUGUGUACAGAGCGUCAUGAAAAAAAGUAUAUUCAAUGUGUGCGGGCUGCUUCAAGGAAUAGCAGGUCUUUUUCUUAUCCUUGGCCUAAUCCUAUACCCUGCUGGAUGGGGAUCUCAGAAGGUGAUCGGUUACUGUGGACAUUAUGCCUCCGCAUACAAACUUGGGGAGUGUUCGUUGGGGUGGGCCUUCUACACGGCCAUCGGAGGCACCAUCCUUACCUUCAUCUGCGCCGUCUUCUCUGCACAGGCCGAAAUUGCCACCUCUAGUGACAAAGUUCAGGAAGAAAUAGAAGAAGGGAAGAACCUCAUAUGCUUGCUUUAACAAACACUUUAGAGACUUCAUAAAGGGAUCAUCAUGUUUACACGGCCCACUUCUUGCAUGAUUGGAUGAUACACAUUCAUGUAUUGUCAUGCUCCGGCUUCUUCUUCUCCUUAGCCUGAAGUGGAAAGGGGCCUUCUACCUGGAGAUUGGACCAGAGAUGUGAUUGUAGUGCUCGGCACAUGGAAAUGAAGUGCAAAGAUUUGUGUAUAAUACUUGCCAAUGUUGUGAUCCUUCAGCUUCCGAAAAGUCACUUUAAAACUGUAUUUUCUCCUUUCCAUAUCAGAAAGCUUACGGAGUAUUUUUUGACCUUUUUUUUUUUUUAUAUUUUCCAGUUUUUCUAAUUUGAAGCCACUGCUUGCUGAAAUCUGUGUGCCACUAAUCUUUGUGUUUGUAAACUGGAAAAUUGUAGUUUUCUCAUAUGGUUCUUUAUGUGGUGCAAAUGAAUGUUUAAAUACGUAUAGGAUUACUUUUUUUUUAGAUAUGGAGAGAACCACUGCAUUGACAAUGGGAAUACUUUGGCCAUUUGAAUUGACUUUUAAAGGGGUCUUAUUAGGAUAUUGACAGCACCCUAAUGAAUCAUGUCCUUCACCGCAUUAUCUCUUUGACUUCGCAGAUCAGUCUUUGAGGGAGCUGGGACACUUUAGUGCAUUUUAAGAGACUGAUAGAUCCUGUGCAUCCAGGUCGUCUUGAAUGUGACCGAUGCAGCACUCCCUUGUGGAGUCUAGGCUCUGUUCUCAUCUGCGUCCAAAGCCUUUGUGUACAUUACUUUUAGCAGGAAAAUGACAAACUUUGAUGGACCCCAUUAGAAGUAUGUGGGGCCUGUUGGUCACCAUUUGGAUCUGUUAUAUAAUGAAUCUAUCUUAGUCUUAGUGAAUUGGUCGUAACGUGCUGCAGGGGACUCGCCCAGGUUCUGCUCCGUAGCUUCGGCCUUGAAAAUGUAAACCGUUUAGACUCUAAUGAAUGUACUAACAUUAUAUGUGCACACAACUUGAGCUAUAGAGACAGCACAGCACUGACCCAUGUCAACAGCAAGUAGUGGACCCCACAAGCUAUUAUCACUGUAUAGAGUUGCGGUGUUCAUUUGCUGGGGGGCUUAAAAGCACACUUCAUACAUUUCAAUUGUGUAAGUAGGGACCAAAUAUUUGGUGCGUUAUAUUUCCUAUAACUGCCCAUUAUUUAUACUAGAUUUUGAGGAAUAAUUAAUGGGGCCCUAUUUAUGUCUUGUUGGGGAAUACAAAGCUAAGGUUGUGAUUCCAGUCUUAGUGCUCAGUAUCAAAGUUGCAAAUCAAUGGACAUCAAGGCAUAGGUGAUCUCUAUAGUCAGUAAUAGGAGACCUUUACAUGGAUCUUAAUUUGUCCUUUCACAUAUAUAGUCUUAUAUGUAUGGGAAUUGUUUGGCGGUCUUGUCAGCUUAAAGUGGUUUUCUGAAACUAUCCUCUGGAUAGAUUAUCAGUAUCUGGUGGGGGCAGACACCCCGGACCUUCGCCGAUCACAGAAGCAAGGCGUCGGACUCCCAUCGAUCAUAUACUGAUGUUUUUUCCAGAGGAUGUUGUCCCUUGUGCCAUUUGGCUACCAGGAGAUGCAUGUCAACCUGUUAGUCACUAUCUUGAGGGACUGGCAAGCUCUGUCCUCUUGAAUACACGCAAAUCAUACUGCUGCUGUUAGGCGUGUUUCACACGUCGGCAGUAGUUCGGGAAGGCUGUUCCAGCAGAGAACAACCUACCAGAGCUCUCUGGAUUCUGCAUUACUUGAUGUUACCGCAAUGCCCGCUGGCCCCUUUGGGGCCUGCGGUCAUCCCAGUAUCAUCUGCUCUGGCAGGCUGUUCUCUGCCGGCAGUGUGAAACUUAGUGAUGUUUGGAGUUGUACUAUACAUUCAUUGAGCAUGUGUAUGAACUUUCAUUUAAAAGUAUAUCUGUCCCUAUUGUUCGGAGAUCCUUAGCCAAUGGACACUACUGGUUUUAUAGUUGGCAAAAUUACUGAAUAUUUGGUGCUCCUCCUUUCCAGCUUCACUGUUACGUUAUAUUCAGUGUGUAUGGCAGCAUAUUGAAUAGUAUGUAUUUCAGUCUGUUCUCAUUUCAGUUUAUUCCCCUGCAGGAAUUUAUUGGAAAUGUAGAAUAAUUUCUAGAAUGCUGGAUCACCUACAACUUAAGCACAUUGAUCCUGGGAAUUAUUCCAAGGUACUAAAGUGGAGGAAUAAGCAAAAGAACCUCAAAGUCAUCAGAUUGCUAGUAUUUAAGACAGUGAUGCCCUACUGUUUUACCAUAAGAGACCCCUGAAACAUUCUCCCAUGUUGAGGAACGUCUACGAUCAUGCCCACCUCAUUGCAUAGACAACCUACUUCUCAUACUCCUUCCUACACAGAUCAAAGAUGCAACAUUGGGCCAAAUGAGGGCAAAGAGAGAAUUAAAUUGCUUAAUGUUGUCCACCUCAUGCCAAGCAUCCAUGAUCUGAAGAUCAACAUACCGUCCCUUGCAUUUACAGUGGACCUUUCUACCAGUGAACCCGGCCAUUAUUUCCAGACAUGUGGAGGACCAAGAGAUUUAGGCUUUAUUCUUCACACAUCAGUGUUUUGGUCACUAUUUUGCAUCAGUGAUCGUUGAACCCCCAAACCAGCAGCUGGACCAAAACAUAGAACUUGUGCAUUAUACCUUAUCUUGGUGGAGGAUCCACUGCUGGUUUUGGUCAAUGUAGCGACAUUGAUGAAAAGUGACUUGUGAAUAAGGCCUACAGCUUGCCAUGCACAUUAGUCUUUUAUUGGCCAGACCCACCAUGAAGGGCAGGUUCGGCCAACACACUGUAUGGGGAAGCCGGUAGGGAGUGGGAAUAGAGCUGUCGGCCGAACGAUCAUUUGACCGAUACCUAUUGCAUGUGAAUGGGCAACUUAAACUGUCCUUUUACAUGGAUGGAUGUCAUAGGCACAUCGGAAACUAACUGUUGGUUCCUAAUAAUUGCCUGCUCAUUAGAGAUGGGAGCUACAUUUACAUAGCUCCCCAUAGAGGAUCACCGUUUACUCAGGUAGAUUUGCUGCACAAAAAAGAUAAUUUUGGUGCUGGCCAAAAGACAUGAUCACCUGAUGAAUGAGCCAAAUGCUCAUCCCCGAUAAUUUGCUCAAUCAUUGGUUGGUUUAAAAGGACCUUAAGGAUUACCGGCUCUACAUUGUCAUGCAUAAAAUAAAUUAUCUGAAUCUUUUCAGGCCUACCCAUCAUCUACGCCCACUUUAUUCUGGAGAAUCCUUAUGAAUCAUGAAAGAUGAAAUCAACCAUGUUUAUGUUCUCAGAAGAACUAUGCAAAUCCAAGCUUUGUUAUAGGAUCUAUUAGAGCAAACCCAAUAAUACAAACAUAAUCUACAAACUAACUUAUCCAUCGUGUAAAAUCGAAGACUGCGAAUGGAAGGUUACAGAACUUUACACAUACCACAAUCUAUGUGCCAACUAACACUUGUUACUGGGAUGUUUUGUUGCCUUCAAUGUAUUUUCUGAUUCAGUAUUGCUAAAAACCAAAGCACAACUUAGGAGGUUGUCACACAGCAUUUUUUCUGAAAAACGCCACCCUUUUUUUUCCUCAUGUUGUUAGUGUCUUUGGGUUUAUAAAUUUUUUAUUUUUUUCCCAAACCAUAACUUGCUCUAGGCAUAGCAUUUUUAGCUAUUUUCACACAGCACAAAAUUUUUGUAUUAAAAAAAAUAUAUAAAAUUUCAUGUAAGCCCCAAAAAAACUCAUAAAAGUGUGUUAAAUGGGUUGACUCACUUCGGCAAAUAUCAUUUAUUACGUAGAGGAAGUUAAUACAAGGCAAUUACCUAUGCAUUGUUAUUAACCAUAUUGCUUCCUUUGCUGGCUGGAUUCAUUUUUCCAUCACAAUUUACACAGCUCAUUUCCAUGGUUACGACCACCCUGCAAUCCAUCAGUGGUGGUCGUGCUUGCCCACUAUAGGAAAAAGCACCAGCCUAUGUGAGCAAAACAUGGUCAUGUCAAGUCUUCCAAUCAUCUCAAGAUCAAGCUAGUUCCUCGUAAAUUGUCCAGUUUAAAUAAAUCCAAUGCGUGUGAUCAGAACCAUGUCUUGUCUUUAUAUUGUAAAUGUCUGUGGUCUGGUAAAUCUGUGUACACAAGCCAUGUAUUCUUUCGUGCCAUAAGGUUUCUUGUUCUAACUUGUUCUGUAGCAUAUUUAAAAGAACACACAAACUAAAAAGUUUGGGUCUGUGUAAAGUAAACAAAAAAAAAAAAAGGUGCAAUACAAUACAAAGUUGUUAGUAUUACAAAGUGGUGGGUUAUAAUGUUCACCUGUGGCCUAGGUACAGUAGGGGCCUCCAGUAAAUAAGGCUGAUGCCUGGGUUAUCAGAUUUAAUAUUAUCAAUAGUGUGAUCCUUUGGAUGUUGAUGUGCCCCACAUUUGUCUGUAAAUUCUGCCCCUGGACACGCCCACUCUCCAGACCACCCAGUUCUGGCUGGGACAAGCCAAAUUUGCUGAAUUUUACUCUGAAAAUUCGGGACAAUCCCAGCAAAUUCCCAGACUGUUAUUAACUGUGCCCACUAUCUUGCUUCCUCCACUGUGCCUUGGCCGCAGGUUCGCAAAAAAUUUUAAAUGCUCAAUACACGUUUUGUACAUACAGUGUAAAAAUUUAUGACGUGCCCCAACUAAAAUGUUAUGCUUUUUUGAUACUGUGAGUUUGAGGUCCUUGGAAAUAUGCAAAAUAAGACUCUUAUAAUAGAAAAACAAUAAAAAAGUGACAAAUAGAACAAUUGUUCAAUUACUUUA